AUUUUUGCUGGUCAUGGCGGCCAUGGGGCUUGGCCGAUUCACGCACUGGCUGUGGCCGGGCACGGCGGCGCGGGUGGCCAGCCACGAGCUCCCCGCCACGGCCCUGACGAGCGCCUCCUUACCGGACUUCCCCUCCGGCUUCCGGGAGCCGGACGCCGUCACCUUCUCGAGCGCCGGCGCAGGCGGCCGCCGCGGGCGGCAGCGGAGGGCCAGGAGCCAGCGCCGCGGCCGCGGGGAGUGCAGGGUCGACAAGGAGUACGACAUGGUCAUCGUGCCGUCCGACGCUGGCGGCUGCCUGUCCGGGUCGGAGUCCGACGACUCGGACUGGUCCAUCGGCUGGCUCGAGCCGCAGGCGCUGGAGAUGCAGACGGACGGUGACCCCGAGACCGGCUUCGCCGUCCUCGUUCCCUGCUACCGCCGCGGCCACGCCGAGCAGCCCAGGGCGCCCGAGGGUCGCUUCCUGGGCGCUGGCGCUCUCGCCGACGGACGCCUCUCUGGUGAGCACUGCUUCAGUUCUUUGUGUUUACGUUUGCUCAGAAAGUCAGAAUUGGGAAGAAAUCAUUGCCACGUUUGCUUUGAUUAUCAAACUAUUAUUAUGUCCCCGCGUGUUGAAUUUAAUAGGAAAUCACUUGCUGUUGUAGAUAGUACAGUACUCGUACCAACAGUUCACGUUAUAAACUCAAUUUUUGGCAAAGUCUGAAUAUCUUUCAGUUAUUGGUCGUCUGUUAUUGAUUUGGCAAUAAAUUCAGUUUGUUAAGCUAAAUACUCCAAAUUUCAUGAUAAGAUCCAAAUUUCAUGUCUUUUGCUGUUGUAGUACUAGCAUUUAAGGGGCACAUCGACUACUGG